UGCAUUUGGAGUGGCUCGACAGCUAGUCAAGCAGAAGUCUCGAUACAAGCAUGGUCUGGUAGAAAUCAGCCAUUGAACUCAAACCAUUCAGUUUCAAUGAUGCUGGGAUGGAGGACGACAUUCAGCCUCAUCUGUUCGUUGCAGGUUCUUUUCCAUUCCGUGUUGGGCUACGCUAUUCCAGACUAUGUCAAGAAACACGCUCCGAUCAUCUGGCUGCAUUCUGACGAUCCUUGGAUGCCGAGUGAUAUCUCAACUCAUGUCCUUCACACGACGCCGAAGCUCGGCUUCGAACCCAUUCCAGAUCUAUCCACAUAUGACCUCCACAAUCUCUCAACGUUGAACAGACACGGUAGUGCUGUCUACUUAACCUCCGCCAAUACCAGCAGCUAUGCCGACUGGCUCUACGGAGAAACGCCCGACAAUUUUGGAGUCUUGCACAACUCCACGGCUUGCGCUGUUGUAGUUGUCGAGAAGUCGCCGCAGGAUGUGGAUGCUUUUUACUUCUACUUCUAUUCCUUCAACGAAGGUGCCGACAUUACCAAGGUUGUGCCACCCUUGGAAAGGCUUUUCCCCGACGCUAAACCGGGUCAAUCCUUUGGCAACCACGUUGGAGACUGGGAGCACAACAUGAUCCGCUUCCAAGACGCGAAGCCAGUAGGAGUCUACUUCAGCCAGCAUACCAGUGGCAAAGCUUGUCUAUGGGAUGACGAGACAUGCAUGUCAAAACGAGGCGAUCGACCUGUCGUCUUUAGUGCUCGAGGUUCACAUGCCAACUACCCUUCCGAAGGUAGUCAUGUGCAUGACGAGGCGCUCAUCGAUAUUGCUGACGAAGGCCGUAUCUGGGAUCCCGUGCAGCCGGCAUACUACUACCACUAUGAUGCCGCCACGCAAGUCUUCACUCCCGCAGACUCGGCGACUAAGGUCGUGGACUGGCUAGGGUUUGAUGGCGCAUGGGGUGAUAAAAAGUACCAAGACACCGACCCCAGACAGACAAGCGUCCCCUACUUUGGAUUGAAGAAGUUUGAAGAUGGACCUAAUGGUCCAAAAUUUAAACAGCUGGUCAGAAAAGGACUCAUGCCGGAUCACCGGCCCAAAGAUCCUAUGAUGAAGGUCCUCGUGAGAUGGUAUCUAUCCUGGUAUGGGUGCUGCUUGAAAGGCUGGAACCCCUGGGUGGUGAUUAUCUUUCUUUUGCUAGUUUUUCUUCUCCUGAUCGCCUUGAUGGUGUUUGCGGUCAAAAGGCUGAAACCACGAGUCAAGCGUUGGGUUGGGAACAGACUCAACCGCAAGGCUAAACGAGAGCACAACGAGGUGCAGCUUCGCUUGCUAGACCCUGACCGGGCUGAAGAAGACAUGUAAACAUAGAUGUACAGACUAUUUAGACAGAUAUAGAAGAGGGAUAAACGUAUACUUAUUGGGUAAAAUCGCGAGUUCCUCCUUUUGUGGGGUGAAAUCACG